AUGAACCCCGUCAACACUGAGCCAUACAAACUCCCGGGUGAUGCCACAUGGCUAGGUAAUGCCGCCCUCAAACACAUCACUGGAUGUUCAUCCGGCAUCGGUCGAGCAAUUGCAUCGUUGAUAGCAAGCAAACCAAACCAGCGCAUCAUCGCAACAGCCCGCAAUCCAGCGGACCUAUCCUACCUCCCAGAGGACAACGCCAAUAUCCUCAAGCUCGCCCUUGAUGUGACCUCCGUCAAUUCCGUAAACGCCGCUUUUGCAGCAGCAGCAAAGCAUUUUGGUGAAUCAUUCCAUCUAGAUGUCGUGGUGAACAACGCCGGUUACUCCCUCUCGGGCGAUACCGAGGGUGCAACUGAAGAAGAAAUGCACCAGGAGAUGGAGACAUCGUUCUUCGGUACCGUGCGCGUAACUACACGCAGUAUCGAGGUUAUGCGACAAGCCAAAGAUCGCCACGGUGGUUUGAUCUUCCAGAUCUCCUCGCUGGCUGGGUUGUGCGCGUUCCCUGGUCAUGCCUUUUACCAUGCUAGUAAGUUUGCCGUGGAGGGAUUUUCGGAAUCCGUGGCGAGGGAGAUGCAUCCAGAUUGGAAUAUCAACUUCUGUAUCGUCGAGCCAAGUGGUGUGAAAACCAGCUUUGAAGGUCAUAGCAAAGCAAUCAUCAAGCCUCAUCCUGCCUAUGCGGGUGCUGAUAUGCCGGCAAGAAAACUGGAGGGGUACGUGCGCCAGGGAUUGAAGCUUGGUAUGGGUAUGGAGCCUUCUGCUAUUGCUGAAACCCUGUUCAAGAUCGCUAGUCGGGAAGAGCGUAUCCCUCUACGUUUGCCUUUGGGAGCGGUAUCUUGGAAAAUGUCCAAGUCAAAGUUCCAGACACUGUUGGAGGAGUUUGAUGCCGUGAAGGAUGUUAGUGCUAUGGGUGAACCGCUUUGA